CCCCGCCUUGCUGAAAUCGAAACGAAGUAUCACACAAAUGUUGAGAAGAAGCGGGCGGAAUUAGGCCUGACUCAGGAGGAUGAGAUUGAUUCUGAUGUGGAAGGUGAAGCCAUUGUUGAGGCAGCUGGGGUGUACAAGGGCCGGGUUCCCUACAUGGGGGCCGAGGGGCAACGGAUUUUGUACGACCGCAGCGGCGCUUCAUCUUCUCGAUCAAGGCGCGGAGAGGAUCCACGUAUCGCUCAACUGCAGCGGGAAUUGGAGGAGGAGCGCAAAAAGGACGAAGAAACAAGAGCCCGGCUGGAAGCGAUGGAACGGAUCCUCAGCGCCGGAAUUCGGAAUCAGCCUCAGCCUCAGCCAUACAUACUGCACCCCGAG